ACUUCAGCACCGCUCAGCUCCCGUCCGCCCGCCCGCCCGUGUGUGUGUGUGUGUGUGUGUGUGUGUGAGACGCACUCACGUGUGUACGUUAAGAAGACUUUUGUGUGUUUUUCUGAGUGGAGUCGGAGUGCCGCCGCUCAUCACUGAAAGUGACUGCAGGGUUGGGAAUACUGGGGCUUUUUUCCUGAAGCUUUUCGAAGACAAAAACUGAGCUUUUCUAUCUAUCUAUCUAUCUAUCUAUCUAUCUCUACAUAUCUAUACCCUCCGGGCACCGUUUCAGUCACAGGAUUUUUUUUUUUUUUUUUCCCAAAACAAAUUUGAAAAGGAUUUCAACAACUUUUUGAAGGAAUCGUGCGCAUGCCGCCACUUUAUGCGCUGAGCGAGUUGGCUACGUGCAUUGGAGUUGCUUGACUUGAGUCGAAGUUUCUUCUUCACGGACAAGGUGCACAAUGGGUGUGGAAAAUAGGAGAGGGAAAUCUUUUUAACGAUGGAUUUGCGAGGCACAGGCGGACACUGUUUUCGAUCUCGGAAGCACUGAAUCGUUUUGGAGGUUGCUUUCCGCAAGCAGAUGGACAGAUCUGGAUCGAGACCGUGUGUGACAUUUUCAUCCCCCCCUCCUCGGAGGUGAGAGGUGACGUCGUUUGUGGAUCUGCAAAGAGAACUCUUGCACGCCAAGACGGCAAGUCCAAAAGAAUACGUGAACUCUGGCCCGAUAAGGCAAAACACAGACCCGACCAAUGGACUCAAGUGGAUCUGAGUAAAAGAAGUGUGUUAACAUCCGCGGUUAUUAUUUAUCCUUGAAUUGCCGUUGUGGACUUGAAAAGAAACGGAGCGUGCCAAAAUGAUGACCGUGAUGAUGAUGAUGGCGGCCACGAUGGUCACCUGCAGCUCUCUGUGCCUUUUGGGAUUGGCCGCGGCUCACGCUUCCUCUUCCGGCGCUGUGACGCGUUCCUCUUCGUCUUCCUCCUCCUCCUCUUCAUCCUCACCACGUAUGAAGCUCUCGUACAAAGACUUGCAGCAGUUGAACGGCGUGCGGCGCUUUGAGCUGGAGCGUUCGUGCUGCUUCAGCGCUCUGCUGCUGGACGAGGAGCGGGGCCGACUGUUCGUCGGGGCCAAGAACUUCCUGCUGUCGCUCUCACUGGACAACAUCGGCAAACAGGAGCACAAGAUCCACUGGCCUGCCCCCGUCGAGUGGAGGGAGGAAUGUAACUGGGCCGGCAAGGAUAUCGCAUCCGACUGCGUAAACUACGUGAAGAUCGUCCACCACUUCAACCGCACCCACCUGUACGCCUGCGGAACGGGAGCCUUCCAUCCCACUUGUGCCUUUGUGGAGGUGGGGCACAGGAUGGAGGACCACGUCUUCAAGAUCAACCCUUCUUUCAUAGAAGAUGGCAAAGGGAAGAGUCCAUAUGAUCCUCGCCAUAAGGCUGCAUCUGUACUCAUUGGUGAUGAGCUGUACGCAGGGGUGGCCACGGAUUUAAUGGGGCGGGACUUCACCAUCUUCCGAAGCCUGGGGAAACGCCCCUCCAUCCGCACGGAGCAACACGACUCACGUUGGCUCAAUGAGCCCAAAUUUGUGGGUUCCUUUUGGGUCCCAGAAAGUGAAAACCCCGACGACGACAAAGUAUUUUUCUUCUUCCGGGAGACGGCGGUGGAGGCCCAAGGUUUGGGAAAGUCCACGUACUCCCGCAUUGGACAACUCUGCAGGAAUGACAUGGGCGGUCAAAGAAGUUUGGUGAAUAAGUGGACGACGUUCCUCAAAACCCGCCUGAUCUGCUCGGUACCCGGAGCCGACGGCAGCGACACUCACUUCGACGAGCUACGCGACGUAUUCCUGCUGCAAACGAGGGACAGAAAGAAUCCUCUGGUCUACACCGUCUUCUCCACUUCCAGUAGCAGUGUAUUUAAAGGCUCAGCUGUGUGUCUUUACUCCAUGAACGACAUCCGGAGGGCCUUCCUGGGGCCGUUUGCUCACAAAGAGGGGCCCAACUACCAGUGGGUCCCCUUCCAGGGAAAAGUGCCUUAUCCCCGCCCAGGAAUGUGUCCCAGCAAGACUUUUGGCAGCUUCGAGUCCACCAAGGGUUUCCCGGACGACGUGAUUCAGUUUGCACGCCACCACCCGCUGAUGUACAACCCGGUGUACCCCAUGACCAGACGGCCCGUCUUUGUCAGAACCGACGCGGACUACAGCUUCACACAGAUCACCGUGGACAGGGUCAACGCUGCCGAUGGACAGUAUGAUGUCAUGUUCAUUGGCACAGACAAAGGGACAGUACUGAAGGUCAUCAAUGUGCCCAAAGAAAGCUGGAACAACAUGGAAGAACUUCUGCUGGAAGAGCUGGAAGUCUUCAAAGAUGCGGCGUCUGUCAUCAACAUGCAGAUCUCCUCAAAACGGCAACAACUCUACGUGGGCUCCGAGGCCGGCAUCGCCCAGGUGCCCCUGCACCGAUGCGGCGCGUACGGGAAAGCGUGUGCCGAGUGCUGCCUGGCCCGAGACCCUUACUGUGCCUGGGAUGGGACGUCCUGCACUCGCUAUCUUCCCAACACUAAAAGGCGAUUCCGUCGCCAGGACGUGAGAAAUGGUGAUCCCAACACUCUGUGCUCAGGAGACCACCACAAGCACCAUAUCGCCGAGAAGAAGCUGUACGGAGUGGAAGGAAGCAGCACUUUCUUGGAGUGCGUCCCCAAAUCCCUGCAGGCCCGAGUCACCUGGACUUUUCAGAAACAACGAGACAAGCCACGAGAAGAGGUGCGUGCGGACGACCGAGUCCUGCAAACGGACCGAGGCCUCCUGUUGCGCCGCGUCCUGAGGAAGGACGCCGGCGUCUACCAGUGUCACGCCACGGAGCACGGCUUCACCCAAACCCUGCUGGGCAUCACUUUAGACGUCAUCCAGUCCGCUGCGGCUAACCUGCCCUCGGAGGCCCCGUCCCGAGCGGAGCCCCGCGGCGGGGGAGGGCCCCUGGCGGCCGGCCCGAAGCUUUGGUAUCGGGACUUCAUGCAGCUGGUGGACCAUCCGAACCUGAGCACCGUGGACCAGAUUUGCGAACAGGUUUGGGCCCGCCGGAAUCCCGCCGGCGAUCUACCGGUGAAGAAGGGUCCCGCUCCGGGGAGGGACUCGACGGCGCCCGGCCCCUCUGUCCGGCCCGCCAACAAGAAGUGGAAGCAUCUCCAGGAGCUGAGGAAAGGGCGCAACCGGCGGACCCACGACGGGAAGCAGAACCCUCGGGCGCCGCGGAGCGCGGGGGACUAACGGCAACGAGAAGAACAAGUGGGAUUGGAAGAACUGAUUCCAGUAGAGGGUUAGAAAGGGACUGAGAGAACCUUUGGAGGUGUUUACACUUACACAAACACACACGCAUACAGGCUAAUCUGCACACACACGAACUGCGCCUCCUCUAUUGUGUAUAUUUAUCUGUGGAGUUCCUUGCAUGUGUCGAGUGUCACAUUCGUCUUGCACGUUCCCGUCGCAAUGCGCCAUUUCCGUAGAUGCGAGUACGAGCGGGUACCUAAUUUGAUAGCUACUGUAUAAAUCAGCGGACACUCAUUUCUGCGCGGAGAGUGGGCCACAUCUUCGCUCCGUUAGCUCGCGGCAAACUACAUGUCAUUUCAAGGGUCCGCACCACGGCGGGAACUCGAUGCCACACAACCUUUGGGAUGACCUCACGCCUUUCUCCGCCUCGAAAGACUCGACAGGCGGUGCGGAGCGACGACGGCGGACGUGACGGCGCUUCGGAGACGCAACUGGAGUAUUUUUCUCCAACUGCAGAGAGAUGGACGACUUCGUGUGAUGUUUUGACAAGCCUCUUGCAGCGUUCCCUUUUGUUUUCCGUCACGGCGCAUAAUGUCAUCAUUAAGGACGGACGGACCGCGGGUUCGUGGAGGACCGCCUUUUGGCGCACGUUGUAGCGUCCAGUGUCAAGUUAGCGAUGAUGUGUGACCAGAUGAAACCACUGCAGAGCGCCGAAGAACUGCUGGCUUUGCGACCACGUUAGCAGACAAUCAGCUGCUUUUUGUCAUACGUGCAAAAGAGCGGCUCCACGAAGGAGCGUGAGGGCCGCAUGAGGAAAAGAAAUAGAACACGUCCGCCUCAAAUUUGAGAGGUUAAGGUUUGAAUCUCUGCCGUUGGCACGCUUUCCCCGUCCUCGCGUGUUUUUGAACCACGACACCAUCAGCGACUUCACAUUGUAAAAUAAUGGGGAGAAAAAUAUCAGUUCAAGGCCAAAAGUCGGAAUUUGAGAACAAUCAUGUAACACGAUGACAAGCGAGUCUUAAUGUUAUGAGGACCAAAAUGAAUGUCAAAAUUCCCAAUCAAACCUCAAACCCAAUGUCGCUUUCUCAGCAUCGGAAGCAAACAAAUGUAUGAAGAGCGUGUCGCUCGAUUUCAUUGUUUGUGAAGUCGAAAUGCCGCGUCACGUUUGCGAUAUUCCCACUUGACUCCGGGAGCGUUUGCGCCUUUCCGUGCGGCCCUUCUACUCCUCCUUAAGCGUCGGAUGAUCCGCCGCACGGGGAAAAGCGUCGUUACACCUCGGAGAUGAAAAAGGAGCAAAUAAAGAGUUGGCUUUUCUGUGGGCGAGGUCAGAGGUCAGCGAUGUCGGACCCGGCGCGUGCGAAGGCGGGUUGGCGCCUCUCCGCACCGCGCGUGACCUUUCUCCGUGCACUCGGGCCCGGUCUCGCCGGAGCAGGGAAGGGGCUUCCCCAAACCGUUGGCACGAAGGCUGCGAGCAUACCAUUUUCCCAAAUGGAAGCGAUUACUUACAAUUCAUAUUGGGUGGUGCGUGUCUCAACAUGCUUUUCCGAAAUGGUGUCAAAGUUAUGGUCACAACUCGGUUAACCUAACACACCCUAAUUUGAUCUUUGUUGUUUUUUUCCUGAAAUGGAAAAAGAUACGCAAGAUGACAGACAACUCACGGUUGCGGGCUCGAGUACAUUAUCUACAUUAACGUUGUUGUUCUAUUUAUGAGUGUGACUAUGAUUUUAUUUUUAUUCCAAGCGGUACUUCGCGGCCCCGCUCUUUUUUCCGAUGUUGUUGCAUAUGUUGUUUGUGAUGAAUUAAAAAAAACCAAAAACA